UGCACAAAGCGCAAAUCCCCCUGCUGCAACCCCUAGCACUGUUUCAAUUAAUCAAUGUAUCAAAGAUAAUGGGUGUGCAAAUAGUGACCUUGCUUGUCGAGCCAAGUGUGCGGGUGUUCCUAAUCCUUCACCGGGCGACAUCCAAGAUACAGAUUCCUGUAUAUCUCUUUGCCCGA